CAGGCGCAUUAGCCUGUUUCCUGAGCUCAUGGCGUAUUACAUACAAGGUAAAAUGGGGAAUCUGUGGGCUAGCACAGGUCUGUAUGAUGAUACCAAAUAUUCAUUCAUCGAUCCGGAUUACCACAUAAACAUAGAAGAUUAUUUUCAACAUGUUAACAUCAUUGAACAGAGCCCUACAGACAUGAUGCUGGUUAAGAAGGAGCAGAAAGAUGCCGAGCUGGAUAGGAAGAUUGAGGCGUUGCGAAAGAAGAAUGAAGCCCUUAUGAAGCGCUAUCAGGAGGUGGAGGAGGAUAAGAAACGGGCGGAGCAGGAGGGCAUGGCAAUGCAGAGCCGCAAAGGGAAGGUUGAGGACCUGACCAUCACCAUCAACAAGUCCCCAACUGAGAAGCGUGUUGUAACCAAGAAGGGUUUGGGAGAUGCAAUUCCUAAAGGGGUGAAGAACCAGGAGGACGUGUCCGACAUUUUUAGUGCUGGCCGUGGUAAAAGGAGGCAGCUUCUAGUCACUGCUCCAGGAAACACUAAGGCAAGCUUGGCAUCGGGUCCAUAUAACAUGUAUUGUACUCUGAGAUGCGUCCUGUCACUGCAGGGGAAGAGGGUGGUCAGUGAAAGAGUGGAGAAGAGCAGUCCUGCUGGUCUAGCAGGGAUAAAGCACUCUUCUGAGGGCAGGGGGGAGCUGCUGGACACUCCUGCAGGUCCAAAAAACCAGGUUGGAAAGAAGCAGGAACGAAAGUGUCGAGUUGAAGGUGGUCAUCAUGGAUUCACCGAGUAUAACCCCUAUCCCCAGCAAACUGAAGUGCUGACUGACCUCAGCAUCCCCACGUCCAGCGAAGAACAGCUGGAGUACCUGCGCUGGAAAAAAGAGAGAGAAGAAAUCGACCGAGAGCGAGUGGCUCGCCACAAAAACUCCCAGGGCCAGUGGAGGAGAGCCUGGGACAUGGACAAACCCGAGCUUACGUUUUCUGAAAAAGGCACAGCGGAGAGAGGCACACAGAGCAGAGGAGGAAGAAAUGCUAGAAGAGGACAUUCCAGACCUUCAGCAACAGAAUCACGAGUUGGACAGCGUGAUAAGAGAGGAAAGAAUGUUCCCGUGGUUGGCAGUAAAGUGAAAGGAAAGGACCGUUUGACAGGCCGAGCCAGGAGAUGGGAUGCUAAAGAGGAAGCAGAGCAAUUACAGUUGGGGCCAGACACCAGUUUGGUGGAGUUUUUGGAGGAGCUGGAUGCUCUGUGUGAUCGUGAGUUCAACAGUAACAGUCCAGACACCGAGACCCAAGAAGCGGAAUCCACAGCAUCCGUAGAGACAGCUACAACCACCAGCUGUGUUUCUGCAGAUACAAUAAAGAGUCAGGUUAUUCCUAUAGACUCAGCCAACAAGAACACCUCCAUCUCUAGAGGAGCUGAGAAGAAGGUCCGUUUUUUAGAAGACCUCAUUCAGGGAGUUUUCGAGAAGAACUCGAACACUGAUACGACAGAGAUCAAAGCCAGUUCUUUAAUAAACAUACAACAGACCAAAACAGUGCUUGGAGAGCAAGAUGCCCAACAGGACUUGGGUCAUGAUCAAGAAGAAAUGAAAAACAACCAGGUCACAGGCAUUCUUCUCACAGAUCCCCAAGCCAAAACAACAGUCCAGUUUGAUUCCCAAGAGACAAGCAUUAAAGAACCGAAACCAACGCCUGAGAACUUCCUAAAGGAAGAACCUGAGAGCAAAUCUGAAAAGUCACCUUGUGAUAUUGUUGGUUCUCAAAACGGCACUGAUGCCACAGCUUCUACUGAACAGAAACUGCUUCACAUGAUGGAGGCUCUGAAGAAUAACACCUCCAGAAAUACUGAUGAACUGAUUGACUCCAGUCUCUCAGUACUGAGUUUGGAGUCUGGAGAUUCUCUGCCUGUCCACAGCACCAGCACUGAAAAGGCAAGAGAGAACGGGAAAGUAGUUUAGAUGGUGUCUUCUUUCAUGGUCACUUCUGUUCGAGAUGGAAGACAGAAACCAAACAAAGCAAAAGGCUACACUGCAGUUUGCCUGUUUUAGUCUGUUCCAGCAUCAAGCAUGGUUAGUUUGAGAACUAAUAGGAAUUCACACCAUGAUGAGGUAGUGGGCAGUAUGGUGGUUAUAAGAUCAUUAGUUUUAAUACUCAGUUUUAAUGAUGCUCAGUGGCUCAGUUACGUCCAUAUACACAAACUAACAGCUAUAUGUAUUUUUUUAAAAAACAUAUUAUGGCCAAGGAAGACACCUGUUGUCAUUCAGAAAGAGGGGGACUGUGCAGUAUUGAAGCAGUCUGCUGUGUUGAUUUGGCUUACUAGCUGUUCUGUCACAUUAAAAACCUGAACAGAUUUGGAUAAAUUAGGGUGUGAUAUUGGCUUGAGCAUGCUUGUUAAAAUAAGCGUGCUGUUUAUUUCAUGAUGAACCAGUUGAUUCACUGUUGAAGUGGUUUCCUCAUUUGAUUUGUCUUUAUGCAUGAUUCCAUGGUUGCGGUGCCAUUUGUGUUUUUUGUGUAUUAUCUCAUACUAAAUAGUUUAAAUCUUCAAAUGAAAUACAACAUAAAACAAAGGUAAGCUAAAUAAACACACAAGACACUUUUAUAUUUAUUUAUUUAUUUAUUUAUUUAUUUUUAUUGAAGCAAAAAAGAAAAAAGUUAUCCAACACCUAUCACUCAUGUGAAAAUUUAACUAAUAGCCCCCUUAAACUUAAAAUUUGGUUGUGCCACCUUUAGCAGCAAUAACUACAACCAAACACUCCUGAUAAGUACAGAUAAGUCUUGCACUUACUUCUAGGACUUGGACUUACUCCUAUGCUUUGGAUCAUUGUCUUAAUGCAUAAUCCAGUUGUGAGUUUCAACUUAUGGACUGAAGACCGGACAUUCUCCUUCACGAUUUUCUGGUAGAGAGCAGAAUUCAUGUUUCCCCCAGUUAUUGCAAGUUGCCCAGGCCCUGAAGCAGCAAAGCAUCCCCACACCAUCACACCGUCACCACCAUGCUUGACCGUAGCUAUGAUGUUCUUUUUGUGGAAUUCGGUGUUUAGGACCCCUGUCUUCCAAAC